AUGGCAGUAGAAACCGCACAAAAAUCGCACGAAAACCGCGAGAAUACUGCCGAAUUUUUGGAAUGUGCGACUUAUGAGAAAAUAAUAGAAGCAAAAUUUUUUGGAAAAGCUCCAAACGGUUGUAAACGGCUUCCUUUUUCCACCUGGUUUUUUGCAGUUGUUCAGAAUUUUUGCAUUUUUCUCACUAAUCCCUGGAAGUUUAAAACUAUUUUCGCUAGCUGA